AUGUGCGGGGGGUGUGUGCAGGAGGAAUACCCGGACCGGGGUAACACUUGUUUGGAGACGGGAUCUUUUUUGCUGAACUAUGUGAGCUGUGCGAAGUGCAAUACGAGAGACUUUGUGCUCCUCGCCAAUAAAACCAGUGAUGAAGAGGAUGGAGAAGAGAUCAUUACGUUUGAUCAUGUGUGUAAAAAUUGUCACCAUGUAAUUGCAAAGCAUGAGUACACCUUCAGUGUGGUGGAUGAAUAUCAGGAGUACACUAUGCUGUGUAUGCUGUGUGGGAGAGCAGAAGACUCCGUCAGCAUUCUGCCUGAUGACCCACGACAGAUGGCUCCACUCUUCUAG